AUGCCCAUUGUCAACGUAAACGUCAAAUGGAGUGGCAAAAAGUUUGAAAACUUGGAGCUUGACACCGAUGAAAGCCCCGAGGUAUUCAAGACGCAGAUCUACUCUCAAACAGGUGUUCCUCCUGAACGACAAAAGAUCAUGAUCAAGGGCGGCAUGCUCAAAGAAACGACUGAUCUUAACAAGUUGGGCUUGAAGGACGGUCAUACGUUUAUGAUGAUGGGUACCGCUGGUGAAUUGCCCAAACCCCCAGAGAAGCCUACGCAGUUCUUGGAAGAUAUGACAGAUGCUCAAGUCGCUGAAGCGCUUGAGAUUCCUGCUGGUUUGGAGAAUCUUGGCAACACAUGUUACAUGAAUUCAACGCUUCAAUGUCUUCGCGCCAUGCCUGAACUUCAAGCUGAUUUGAAUAGCUACCAAGGCAGCAUUUCUGGUGUGGAUAACCGUGGCAACCUUACAGCCAGUUUGCGUGAUCUCUUUAAGGAAUUGAACAAGGCCGGUGAUGGAUUCCCACCCCUCGUGUUUUGGCAGAUGUUGCGUCAAGUAUUCCCUCAAUUCUCGCAAACGGGUCAAGGUGGUAUCCCCAUGCAACAAGAUGCUGAAGAAUGCUGGAGCGAGAUGGUUUCUGUACUCAAGGCCAAGCUUCCCCAGGACGAGAAAACCGGUCAAAACUUUAUCGAGCAGUACAUGACAGGUCAAAUGACAUCAGAGCUCAAAUGCGUUGAGGCACCGGAAGAGGAGAAGGUAGUAACCAGUGAACCUUUUUCCAAAUUGGGUUGUCAUAUCUCUGGAACAACCAAUUACAUGGUCAAUGGUAUCAAAGAAUCGCUUACGGAAGAGAUUGAAAAGAAUUCGGCUACAUUGGAUCGUACUGCCAAAUACGAGCGUGUGUCUCGUGUGAGUCGCUUGCCACAAUAUUUGCCUGUGCAAUUCAUUCGAUUCUUUUGGAAGCCUGAGCAACGUAUUCGAGCCAAGAUUUUACGCAAAGUGAAAUUCCCUCUUCAAUUUGACGCUACUGAAUUGUGCACACCCGAAUUACAAUCCAAGUACAGCAAAGCCAGGUCCAAGCUCAAGGAUAUUGAGGAUAAGAGGGAAGCCAAACGUCGUGAAGAGAAACGCCGCAAGAUUGAUAUGGAGACGGGUGCAUCAUCAUCGUCAGCAUCACCUUCAGCUAUGGACACAGAUGAAGAAAAAGUGGAUUGGUCCCAAUUCAUUGAUCCAGAGCUCCUCAAAGACGUCGGUGGCAAUCCUACUGGACAAUACGAGUUGUGUGCUGUCUUGACGCACGUGGGUCGAUCUGCUGAUUCAGGUCACUACAUUGCAUGGGUUAAAAAGGCUGAAAAUGAAUGGCACAAGUUUGAUGAUGACAAGGUCUCAGUAGUCAAGGACGCUGACAUUGAACGUUUGGAUGGUGGAGGUGAUUGGCAUACCGCCUACAUUGUGUUAUAUAGAGCAAAACGCUUGGAGUAA